GGAGAGUCAAACACAUUUUGAUAAUGUACAGAGGGAGGUAUACAAAAAGCAGUUUGGCAAGUGGCCGGAAGAUGAAGUUGAGAAUGAUGUCGUGGAGGUCGACGACAGCUUUUGGCUUUAUUGUCCGACUUGCCAUAAGAACUUCAAAACAGAAGCGACUCUCGACAGGCAUAUGGGGUGUCAAACACAUAUUGAUAACGUACGGAGGGAGGUGUACAAAGAGCAGUUUGGCAAGUGGCCGGAACAUAAAGAUGAGAAGGAUGUCGUGGAGGUCGACGACCGCUCCUCCCGCGAUUACAACAACAGCGACUCUCUUAAGGAAACCCGGAGACAACGAGCGGAAGCGAAACCAACAAAUCUGUUUCAUUGUCCGACUUGCAAUAAGGACUUCAAAACACAAAAGACUCUCAACAGCCAUUUGGGGAAUCAAACACAUAUUGAUAAGGAACGGAUCAAGAACGGUGACGCCCCCUCGAAGGACCAAGUUCAACGGGCGAAGAAUAUUGCUGCCAAGAUGUUUUCCUGUAAGGAUUGCAACCCAUAUUAUUUCUACGGGUCACACGAGGAUCUGCUCCGCCACUUUACCAGAAAGAAGCACCUGGAGAGAAUCAGGCCACUGAAGGAGCAAGGUGAAGUGAGCCUGGAGGAGCACCUGGCCCUGGACAAGCUGAAGGAGAGCCAACAGCUCAAGGAGCAAACCCAGAUUCUAGUUAGAAUUCCUGGUGAGGGCAUAGUGGGCUUGGAGGAGGCGGUUGGGCGUAAGGAUGGCAUGUUGAUGAUGUUGCGCAACAAAAAGCAGUUUCGCAAGUUUGCGGGAGUUGAGAAGGAUGUCGUGGAGGUCGACGACCGCUCCUCCAUCAAGCCCCGUCUGUUGUUCCCGCCGAAGCCCAAAGAGGCCGAAAUACCUAACUUAGACGAAGAGGCUCCUACCGAUGAUGAGGAUAACGUUCUGCUGUUCCCGCCGGAUGCCGAGAUACCGGAUUCGGACGCUCCUACCGAUGAUGAGUUAGCACCAGCUUUACCGCUAGCUAUAGUACGCACCACAAGAGCUGGUACAAAGAGAGCCAGCGAGACACUAUCGGUCGGAGCCGGUCCAGCUAAGCGAACUAGGACUUGAUCACUGUUGGUGCUGUGGAUCUCAUGGAUUCAAGGGUCGUCAUCGGUUUUUAAACGCUUGCAAGGCUUUCCAUAGGGGCUUGAUGCUCCAGGGCGACAGGUCGAUGCGAUGCUCGAUCUUGAGAGAUAAGGCGGCGGUGUGGCAGGUCAAGGGAAGUCCGACGGGGUUGAAGCUGAGUGCUAUGGUUGCGGACUUGGCUGUUGAGAAGGGACUUACGUCGGCGGCCGGGGCCGCGGUUUUUUGGUGUGUUUGGCGUGUUUGGUGUGGUUGAUGUGGUUGGUGUGGUCUGGUGAUAAGUUUCUCACGCUAAAGUCAGACGCACCAGAACGAACCAGAGCGAACUAGAGCGAACUAGAACGAACUAGAGUGAACUAUGGGAAAAUACUUAUAAACGCACCUUAAAUCAACCGAGAUUGACCUACUCCUCCACUCUCUGUCGGUCAAUAAGUG